AAUACUGAAAAUGGCGGCAGAGAGUACCCCAAUGAACUUGGAUAACGAGAGCGAUUCUGCAAAAUAUGGAGAAGAUAUCUCACCGGAGAAAGAUGGCGGAGUGCGGAAAAUCAUUAAGGUGGCAGGUGGAGGUGGAGAUAAGCCACCGAUCGGAAGUAAAGUUAGGGUUUACUAUUCCGGUAGAUUCUUGACAGGCGAAGAGUUUGACUCAAACAUCGGCAAAAAAGAUCCGUUUGAAUUUGAACAUGGAAAAGGGGUUGUGAUCAGGGGAUGGGACAUUGCUAUAGCAACAAUGGAAGUUAAUGAGACCAGCCUCAUUACAAUCAAACCAGAAUAUGCUUAUGGGACAGAAGGAAGUGGAACCAAAAUCCCUCCAGAUGCUUGUUUACAGUUUGAGAUUACUUUGGUUGAAUGGAAAGGAGAAGAUAUCACAAAAGAUGGACAUGUGACAAAGAUUGUGUUAGAAAAAGGCGAGGGCUAUGUCUGUCCAAACACUGGUGCACUCUGUGAAGUUCAUAUUGUUGGAAAGUGUCAGGGCAAAGUGUUUGAGGAUCGUGAAGUUUCCUUUCUCAUGCAAGAAGGUACUGAGGAAGGACUUCUCCUUGGUGUACAACAGGCUAUUCUGAAAAUGAAUGAUGGUGAAAAAGCGUAUGUGUGGAUUAAGCCUGGAAGGUGGGGAUUUGGAACGGCAGGGAAACCUGAGCUGAAUAUUCCUAAAGAUGCUGUGGUAGAAUACAUGAUACAUCUAAAGAAAUUUGAAAAUGUCAAAGAAAACUGGGAGUUGAGCAAUGAUGAAAAAAUCUCAACAGCCUUGUCACUGAAGGAAAAGGGCACCAAGUAUUUCAAGGAGGAGAAAUUUGGCAUAGCAGUUGAACAAUAUGGCAGAGUGGUCAGGUUGUUGGAUGGAUACUUUAGCAAUGACGAAAAAGAGAAACGAGAUCCCUUACUGUUGGCUGGCCAUCUUAAUCUUGCUGCGUGUCAUUUGAAACUAAAUCACAACUUCAAAUGCAUUAAAGAGUGUGAAAAGGCUCUUGAAAUGGAUAAAGAUAAUGUAAAGGCCUUAUUCAGAAGAGGAAAAGCGAGAGCUGCCAUCAAUGAUUUAGAUCUGGCAAAAAGAGACUUUGAGCUUGUGCUUAAAGUCCAGCCCAACAACAGAGAAGCACAGCAACAGCUGAACGUAGUAAAUUCAAGAAUUAAACAUCAUGUAGCCAAGGAAAGAGUUAUUUUCGCGAACAUGUUUGAACGGCUUGCACGCAAAGAAGAACGCGAAACCAUAGCAGACACAAAAACUCGUGACGUAUUCCAGGAAGCAACUGAGGAAGAUGCGCGACUCAAUGAACAAUCUAAAUCCAGUGAAACAACGCCUACGUCACUUCCGGUUAGUGGCCAAGUGAAGUCAUCGAUGCAAGUGAACGGUAAAGCGGAAAAUGACGUCGAAAUGAAAGAAGACGAGAAAGGAGGUGUAAUAUGCUGACAUCAGUUUAAGGACAACAUCUAACUGUUCAAAUUAGGCUGUGUCCACACAUUACACACUAAACUUUGGGCUAUCGAUUUCAAAUCUCAACCGAUAUCUGACAUCCAACUUAUGCAACAAACUAGUGUGACAAACUAGUGUGACAAUCUAGUGUUACAAACUAGUGUGACAAACUAGUGUGACAAACUAGUGUGACAAACUAAUGUGAAAAGUAGUGCGACAAGGUGGCGUUAUCAGCUUUUAAAGCUUUUGCUGUAAUAACAAAAAUAUGUUAUUACCCUUCAACAUGAGUAUCGUUAAAAGUAGAAUGUUCUGUUGUUUUUAUCAUAGAUUCUUAAUCACAAUAGUUUAACUUAAGUGUAACUCCAUGCUAAUUGGUAUAUAUCUUAUCUUAGAACAUCAGUUUUUCCUUCUUCGGGUUCUCGUUUUGUAGGCAGUAACAUAGUUGUCUAAA